UUGAUCCAAUAAUCAAUUAAUGUUAUCCAUUAAUUAAAGUAAUUAACCAAUUAACUCUGUUAGGAAUGGGAAAUGCCUCCUCGGCAGGGGAAGAAGAAACCGUUUUAGCAGCCCAACUUGCAUCCUCGUCAAAAGAUUCGUACUCAACCUCCCAAUUAAGACAAUACUACCUGUUGAUGCUAGAAGAGCGAGACCGGAAACAGCAAGAGACGACAGCAGCCUUACACCGAACAAGUAGCACGUGCAGCAGCGAGAGUCUGGACGAUUCUUCGCCAAGAAAGAGACGCUUACCUUACGCAGGCCUGACCACCAGAAUGGUUUCCAGAUUGAAGAACCGGUCAACAAAAGUGACGAACGUGGACGCCUUUAUCUGUUACUCCCGCUCAGAUGGAAUGACAGUCGCCAAAACACUAUCCGAGAAAUUAAAGGACUGCGACUACAGAGUCAAGUUAGACACCAAAUCAAAACCAGCCAGCUGCUCUGAAGCCAUCAACAACGCCAAAUACGCCAUUGUUAUCCUAUCGCCCGCCUUCUUCCAAGACGAGCACGCAAUGGGAGUCCUGGAGCGGUUAAUCUGCCGGCAGCUAAACCGCGGGGAGCGGUUCAUUUUACCGCUUUGGCACGAGGUUGAUGAGAGGCAGGUCUUCGAGAGCUGGCCACAGAUGUGCGAUAUUUUCGGGCUGAAGACGAGCAUUGGUGUUCCCGCGAUAGUGAGGGAAUUCAGAAACAAAAUCAUACAUGGUACACAGAUGUGUAACAGAGUGUGUCAAGUUUAAAAGACAAACAAACUACCGUUGCCAAGGCAACGAACCAACCCUGUAGUAGCCCCGGGCCGAGUCGGGCCCACAAGCUAUAUUUCAUCAAAUGACAUUUAUCAAACUACACCACGUGCAGAACUUAACUCUCACGUGACUUCACAAGGUCGCGUGACAAACCACGUGACUUCCUUAUUUGGUCAACACGUGUUUUCAAGAGCUUUCAUGAGGAACAACACGGGGAAUGCUAGAAGUUUAUACUCAAGGAAUGGGAUGGUCUUAUUGGUUCGAUUGACUCAAAAGAUAGGGGUGGUUACAUUGUCAGAUCGCCGCGGACAUAAAAAGAAAUCGAGAUCAGAGGCACGUGCCACGACGUAGUCUUUCAUUCUGGACGUACCAAGAAGAAGCGUCGUGACGUCACUACUCUCGUGGUGUUCUGGCAAUGAAUUGUUUGUCUUUGUUUGUGCACGUGUUAUUACAUAAGUGCACGUGCACGCACUUGAUUCGGAUAUGAUGGUAUGAUUAUAUGAGCUGCAGGAAAGCUGCGUAUGCGAAACAGAAGCUUGGGUCUGCAUACUGCGUGACAGUGGGUGUGUGUGUGUGUGUGCGAGAUCGUGUGAUCUGACUGAUAUUUUAUUGUGAUCUGAUCUGCGCACAUGAUCCCUCUACCAUCACGUAGUACUGAUCACCCGAUGUAAGGUCGUCGGUGUCGGGUAUACCAAAGGAAUAAACAAGAUGGACGGCGAGAUGUUCCGUGUUUCUGUUUCCAUGAACACAACGUGCCACGUGACACACACACGCGCCACGUGGAGUGUUUGGUUUGACACGUGGUGUGGUGGGUGUCCACGUGGUCGCAUCAUGAAACUAUGUUGUGCUUGCUCUGGAGUAACUGUAUUGGAUGGGAGUCUACCAAAGAUUGAGAUGUUGAGCCUGGUGCUGGUUACGUGUCGGAUGUUGUUGUUUUUUUCCAGUAUGUAUGAUAUGAUCUGUUGUGCGACACGUUUAUUACACAACUAGAGAUAUGUGAUUCGAAUUUAUUUGGAGAAGAUCUGAAACAACCGGGCUGUGAUCUCCAGAGAGCGAAUGGCGUGGAAUUUGUUAUUUCAUUUUAAGCUCAAUAUACUAACGUUUUAAAAUGAUUUAAUAAACCUGUCAAACUGUGGAACCCUGCCGUGACAGAUCAGCAACAAACUUAUUCCUACACUUGAACUGAAUACUGAUCGUCAACAUUUCAGUUGCUGGUCAAUUCCGGUAGAGUUUCACGGUUUGGCACCUGUUUUUGGCUAUACUUGGGCAUAUUUCGCACGUGACAGUUUAACUCAAUCGUAUUUAAACUAUCAAAUUAAUACUAUAAAUUAAAAACAACUUUGUCACGAUGGAAAUGUGUCCAUGUAAGCGUAAGUUAGCAAAAAUGAACGACAACCAGAAACUAAAAGUAUCAAAACCUAAUAUCUUGGUGUGAUUGUUUAAAUCGGAUUUGUAUGAGCGCCCAUCAAAAACAGUCUUCUUCCACUAUAAUCUCACCUAUAAUACACAUUUCAACAUGUUUCAACACACCCCAAUCAAACAUCAAAAAAUGAACAAGAAGCUCUGUUUUUGGUGGAGUGGAUAGAGAUUGUUUGUAGUUUUGGGAGAGUAUAUUCAUCAAACAAGAGUGAGAGAUUUUUAAAGGACUCCGGUAUUUUUUGCUAGCACGAAGUAGCUAACCGUUGGACAGCUACAGUAUUGAAUCCUAAUAUUUGUUUCUCUCUCCAACCCUCAAACCAACCACACUUCCUACUACUAAAAAAGAUCGCGUUACAAAACACGUGACUGCCUUAUUUGGUUAUCACGUGAUCUAUUAAAAAUUACAUGUGACGAGACGGUAUUCCCGCUAACAGAAAGAUGUGGGAAGGAAUGAAAGUUGGGGGGAGAACAGAAUUGACAGAAAGUUGUGUGCAACGUCUGUUUUCAUAUUACCUCCGUUCUCAGGAGAUUAUAGGUAUUAUACUUGAAACCGGAAAUCACGUGAUCAACUUUAACCACUACUUGCCACAAAAAUGUCAUUAAUCUGGCUAACCGAGCAUGAUUUAUACGUAUUUAAAUUUCCCGUAGCUUUGUUUCCUUGCUGUGGAAUUUCACAGACAAUUAACCACCAUUAUUGUCCUUACAAUAAUUAUAAAACUGCCACACACUAGGAACUGAUAUGUACCAAUGCGAUCUAUUUAUCGUUUGUAGACCAAACAUAAUUAAUUAAUUAAUUAACAAUUAAAGUUGAUCGUGUGGACCGGCUAAUUCACAAUGGUAACGAUUUAAAAGAGUUUAGAUUUGUGAUGUUAACAUAAAUUUCCUUAUUUAUUGUUUUUAGGUUUACUUAUAUACAAUGGAUGGCCUUCUGAUACUUACAGUUUACUUUACAUGAUUAUACCCAUAUGAUAUAUUCCUAAUAUAUAUGCGAUUUGUACCUAACAUAAUGUCCAUAUUUAGUAUAUUCAAUUGACUUGUUGUUCAUCUAUAACGAGGGAUGACCGGCGUGCUGCAACAUCUACCAUAUUAUGUUGGAUACACACCCUUCAGUUAAGGAACUAAAACUUGCUAUUGAGGAAUGCACUACUGGAACCAGUUUUGGCACAGAACCAGAAUAAUGACAAAGUGUGCAGCCAGUCGGUCAUCUCCAGUAAUGUGGGGCUGUGGGAGUCGCUAAACGCAGUCACGCGAUUCACGUGACUUCCUUAUUUGGUCAUCGCGUGUACCGCCGCCCUGUUGCAAGCGAUGUUUAGAUUUUAGAGGGUUAAUAUUGAGAUAUUGCGAGGGUUGAAUUCUUUGAUCUGAUACACUAAAAAUACCUAUAAAUAGUUAGCGGGUCUUGCUAUUCUCUUCCAACAAAAAAGAAAAGAAGUGAAAUUCUGUAAAUUGUAUUAUUGUUAUCACCUCCGAGAGAGAGAUAGAGAGGAAGAGAGAUCUCACCUCUCUUCACAGAGUUAUUUAGUUUGACCACCACACGGAGCAUCAACACGCUAAUAUUAUACACACACCUUAACAGGACCACACACACACACACAUGUAUUGUACCGAUAAUAUAUUCUGGAAUUCUAAUAUGGUGAUGAUUUGUGUAUAAGAAUUAAGAGUAUAAUGUGAUACAUAUGUGUACUUGUAACAUUACCUUAUAUGGUAGUGUAACCAUGGUAACACUACCAUAUAAGGUUAUGUUACAAUGCGUCCUGAUAGUAUCCUUAUGGUUUACAAACCAGAUCUUGGUCGGUACGAGUUACUUUAUUUACUACUGCGACAAUAUUUGACGAUUUAUUAACAAAACCCUUUAUAAUAUAGCCUUGGUCCAUGUUGAUGUAAAAUGCAUGAUUUUGUUUUAAAAAGUCAAUUAAAAGGAGUAAAUUAACCGUCACAAAAUGCGUUUAGCAUUAAUGAGUGAUAAGAAUGUGUUUUCCAUCAUUUAACCAAUUUUACAGCCACUAUGUCGUCAUGCCC